CCCUAUCGACUUACCUUGGGUGCUCUCACCCUCUCUCUCUCUUUCGUUCGUUAUCUCUGUUUGUCCUUCGAAUGUGUAAAUGUGUCUGUUUUUCCGCCGCGCGCAUAAACACGUGGUGGAAACGUGAGCUGCGCGAAGGAAAUCCAUGAUCUCUCCGAUCUGUCGCGGUUAACAUGCCGGAUGUUGAGCUUCUUUCGACCACCGGCUCUCGAGAAUGCUCUCUUCGUCGACUUCGUCGUUGGCAUGGUCGUUCGGGAAGCGGUGACUGUUAUUUUUCAAGGGAAAAAGAGAGAGAUAAUUCGCAGAAGCACCUCGCCCUCAAAUUACCGAGUAUCUUAUCGUCGUCGCGGUAUAUCUCGAUGAGACUCGGAUGUUUGAGAAGUGUUGGGCACCUGGGGGGCUGGGAACUUUUCCGACGUUGAAAUGAACCUCGAACGCGCGGAUAAGCAAAAAGAAUGUGCUUACUUUUGUAAAAUUCUCACUACGUUUCGGGAUACACAAUCGACUCCCCAGUUUCACGGAACGUCGCGCAUCGGUUGUCCAAUCCGGUUUUGCGAGAUACUCAGAAGUCGUCGCGCGGUUUCAGCCGCGUUUUGCGGCGCGAGGUGAGCGCCGGGGGUCUCCAAUGAGACGCGAUACAUCGCAGAUAAGAAUAAAAAUAACACCGCCGACUGAAGCGCGUCGAUAAAAUUAAUUGGCGCGACGAGAUGAAAUAUAAUGAAGUUCACACUUUCCUCGUAGAGUCUGCCCUGCUGUUUCGCGCGAUAUUCAAAAUUGAGGACUCACGGAGACUCGGGGGGUUAUCGCAGUUGACAUUAUAGAACCGAUAUAGAAACGCGCUUUUACUUCGUCCGGCCGUCAGGACGGAUCCUGCAGAAAUAGCGAAGCCGGAAGGAAAGAUGGAAUGAGAAAUUUGUCUUAAACAGUGCUCUGAGAUAAUUGGAAGAUCGAAAUCUCUCUCGAGCGUGUUCCGAACGAGACCGUUAUACAAUCUCCACGUGAUCGUCACGUUUCGCUUCCCUCGAUAUUGAUCCGCUACUCUCACUCUCCACCUCUCUCUUUCUCUCUUUCACUUCUGUUGCAGGUGAACGCGCGAAUUUCGUGAACAAGCCUCAUGUGAUCGCGAUGGUCGGUCUGCCGGCACGCGGCAAGACCUACAUCUCGAAGAAACUGUGCAGGUAUCUCAACUGGAUCGGCAUAAGCACGAAAGUCUUCAACCUGGGCGAGUACAGGCGGCACGCCACCACGGCUUAUCAGUGCCACGAGUUCUUCCGUCCCGACAAUAUAAAGGCGAUGGCGAUACGCACGCAGUGCGCGAUGGACGCCCUCAACGACGUCUGCCAGUGGCUGGAAAGUGGUGACGGCGAGGUCGCCGUCUUCGACGCCACCAACUCCACUGUGGAGAGACGCCAGCUGAUACGCGACAUCGUCGUCAACAAGAUGGGCUUCAAGCUCUUCUUCGUCGAGUCGGUGUGCAACGAUCCGGAGAUCGUCGAGCAGAACAUUAUGGAAGUGAAGGUCAGCAGUCCGGAUUACGCGAACAUGAACAAGGAGGAGGUGCUCGCGGACUUCAUGCUGCGAAUCGAGCACUACCAGGAGAGGUAUCGGCCGUUAGACGAGAAUCACGAGAGCGACCUGUCGUUCAUGAAAAUAUACAACACCGGCGAGAAGGUGCUGGUCCAUAAGCACGAAGGCCAUAUACAAAGUAGAAUAGUUUACUAUCUUAUGAACAUUCAUAUUGUGCCACGCACGAUUUACUUAACCAGGCACGGUGAGAGCCUGAUGAAUCUCGAGGGCAGGAUAGGCGGCGACUCGGACCUGAGCGACCGCGGACGCGAGUACUCCAAAGCGCUGGCGAACUUCAUCACCAGCCAGGACAUACAGGGUCUAAGAGUCUGGACUAGCUGGCUGAAGAGGACCAUUCAAACGGCGGCCGACGUGAAGGCGCCGCAGGAAAGGUGGAAGGCCCUCAACGAGAUCGACGCCGGUAUCUGCGAAGAGAUGACGUACGAAGAGAUCGCCGAAAAGUAUCCCACGGACUUCGCCGCGCGGGAUCAAAACAAGUUCUCGUAUCGCUAUCCGAGAGGCGAGAGCUACGAGGACUUGGUGGCACGUUUGGAACCUGUGAUAAUGGAGCUGGAGCGUCAGGGUAACGUCUUGGUCGUCAGCCAUCAGGCGGUCCUCCGUUGCUUACUUGCUUACUUCCUGGACAAGAGUGCAGACGAAUUGCCGUAUCUGCAGGUACCUCUGCACACCAUCAUCAAACUAACACCGGUUGCCUACGGCUGUAAAGUGGAGCAUCUCCGGCUACCGAUAGAAGCCGUGGACACCCAUCGGCCGAAACCAAAGAUCCCAGGAUAUCUAGAGGAACGAUUCAGAGGGAAGGGGAAAGUGCUACGCACGUGAUAACAACGGUUUUAUAAGAAAUCGACGCAGCUUAUUUCUACCGCUCAUAAGCGAAGCUGAAGCGGCAUAGAUUCUCGGCGAUCGCGCGGCUGCUCCCUCCCCUCUCGCGUACGUGAAUCCGAAUCCUUCCCUAUGUGCCAGACAACCUAAAAAAUGAGAUAUACACUCACACACACAUAUAUACCUAAAAUUGCAAAUUGACGAAUGUGUCCUCCGGAAGUACAGACUGAAGAUGGUGGUUUAUAGCAAUACGUUCCACAUGACUACACAGUGCGUGUGCAAUUGUGGUUUUUAUAUUAUUCGAUAUUAAUUACUGCGGGGGGGAGCGAAGAAAUUUAUGCGAUAACGAAAUGAUCGCGGAAACGCUUGACGUGUAUCAUCUAAAUGACGUGAGAUUUCUGGAAUUCUCCUAGCGAUAAGAUCACUGAUAAAAAAAGGAAGGGAAAAGGCAAAGCGUAAUUUAAAUGCAUUCUACGGUAAACGCGCGUGCUUUGAAAUAUUUCCUUCUCACCGUAAAAGGUGUGUUAACGGACAAAGAUCUACACUUACAACACGCGCUUCCAAGAUAUCCUCGGUAUCUUAUUCUCGUUCGAUAAACACUUCAAAAUACUUCAAAACAUUAUUUUGCUCGCGAAUUCACAGCUGAUGGCAGAUGUUUUUGUAUGCAUAUAUAUAUAUAUAUAUAUAUAUAUAUAUAUAUCGUUUGAACCGUUUAAAACAUUAUCUUGAGAUCCUUUCGGGUCAAUCGAAAGUUCUUUUUCUUAAAGAGCAAUCCGUGGCAAGCCAAGUGACGUGAAUUGUGACAUUGACGAUAAUAUUUGACAUCAAAGUACACAAUAUGAUCCUCGAGGCAGUAUGAUACGUUAAUUUGUGCGUUAACAUUUCCGUGUUAAACUACCGAAUACAUACAAUUCAAUUCUUCUUAUCGAAUAUACACGUUGCAAUUUCGUAUAUUAAGCAGUUAAAGUACAGAUUUCAAUUACCGAUACACAUAUGUAUCUCGACGAACAUGAGGAACAAAUAUAAUAAACAACAUGAAAUUUUACGAGUUUA